AUGUCGUCCCCGCUCGACAUGUCCUACCCAGCCACAAAAAUACCGAUUGAUGGGCCGGAAGCCGAAGAUAUCGCUGGGGUGACUGCCACAGACCUCGCAGCGUACGACGAUGAGCAGCUCAACGCCUUCAUGAGAAGAUGGCGGAAAGACAACCCGAAUCAGAAAUUCUACCUCUUUCAUUUCCCCGGUGUGGAAAAGCUUGGGACACUAGAGGGAAAUCGUUUGGAAAAAUGGAUUAGAGACAGGCUACCAUUCGAUAUAGGUGGACUUCAACUCCGCCUAGAAAAUCUCGCUAGGACACGAGGCGACUCCCCGGAAUACAGUCCUCCAUACCAGCGGUUUUUCGCGCAGGAGAGCACUCAAGUACCGAGCCCCGCCGAGGAACGUCCAGGAAAAUGUCUCAAAGAGCUCAUCCAAGAUGGCGGUCGUGCAGUGUGCUCGAUGAAGGAGCUGGCCCACAUCGUACAGAAGCCCAUGGAAAGAUACGAAGCGGUUCAGUCAUGGCUCCACGUCGGCUGGGCCGACAGGGAGGGAGAGGCUGAGUUGAUGUUGGUGAAAGUCUGGGAGAGGCAAUUGGGUCGAUGGUGGGAGUUUCGCAAGUCACAAUGGGCCAACCGAGGGUUGGCUGACAGCGAGUUGGGAUUCUCUGCCUACCUCGAGUCGAAGAAGCGUCGAACCGAGACAGGCUGGGCGUCCCCUAGGUACCUGCGGUGCGCUCGGAAAGAGUGGCAAGACACACCGUCGUCCCUCGAAUUCCCCAACGGUCAGACAUUUUCCGCCUACAUCAACGCAGUCAAGAGACGGUUGGCCCCCUACCACUUCACGCAAAAACUGCAGCUGAGGAAAUGUCCCCUGAAACAGACCAGGUGGACCGACUGGCUCGAAUACGUCAGCUUCGAGUUGAGGGAGUUAGACAAGUGUACCAAUGCAGCACGGUCACUGGACGCCACCUUCGACCGAGCCAUGACGAAGCUGCUCGGGCCGAAGUAUGCAGUUCCAGAAUGGAAAAAGGACGUGGCUUAUUGGAGGUCGCGGGAGAAAUCGAUCAACGAGUUUGUCCAAGAAACGAAGACCUAUAGAGAGGCCCGAGGGGAGAUCAUGUACCAGCAGUAUCGAGUGGAGUGGGCCAUCAAGGAGGCACGUGCCAUGGAGACUGAGCUGUUAAAGGAGAGUGAGAAGCAAAAGAACAACAAGGAAAAAAAGAGGACGCAAUGUGAUGAAGGGGCUCCCUCCUCGUCCGAGUCCGCACCGUCGAAGAGGGCCGCCGCUGGUGGAAGUGCAAAUCCACCCACAACAUCAGGCACGCCUCAUCCUCGUCGGAGCACCCUUCGCAGCGCGCAUCGUUCUGCCGGCGUGAAGAAAGGUUGA